AUGUCGUCUGCAGACCCUACCAACAGCCCCGAUGCCGUGAAACGCUCCCGCUACACCUGCCGCCACCUUCAAUUGCUACGCCAAGGCUCCACAGCAACACCUUUACGCGCCAUUGCGCAUAUCGACCUCGAUGCCUUCUACGCCCAGUGUGAGAUGGUGCGCCUGGGCAUACCUCGCGACACCCCACUUGCGGUGCGGCAGUGGCAGUCGUUGAUUGCCGUCAAUUACGCGGCGCGAGCGUUCGGCAUUACUCGCAUGGUGACAUUCGAGGAAGCCCAAAAAUUAUGCCCGAAUAUUAUCCUGCAACAUGUUGCGACUUUCAGGGAGGGUGAGGGUGGUCGCUGGGCUUACCGGGACGACUCAUUUCGGAGUGUCAAGACCGAUAAGGUGUCAUUAGAUCCCUAUCGAGCGGCAUCGCGCAAAAUUCUCCAGACGAUGAAGGACGAGGUGCAAAGGUGGUGCACGGAUACAUCAGAAGGCGGAGUCAAUGGUAUUCCCCAGGCACCUACAGUCUGCGUGGAAAAAGCCAGCGUUGAUGAAGUCUUUAUUGAUCUAUCUCCUCUCAUAUAUUCUGUCUUGCUUCAGAGGUAUCCUGAGCUCCGGCCCAUUGUGCAAGACGAGAAGAAAGAUGCCGAGCUGCCUUGCCCUCCUACUACGGCGUUGCAAUGGGGGUCUGAUACUACGCUGAUAGACUUGGAUCUACAUGAGAGCGAGGAAGAUGACCCAGACUGGGAUGACGUUGUCAUGAUGGUGGCCGCGGAGAUUACGAAGUCUGUCAGAACCGCUGUUUGGGAGAAGUUACAAUACACCUGUUCUGCUGGCGUUUCUCGAAACAAGAUGCUUGCGAAACUAGGCAGUGCUUGUAAUAAGCCUGAUAAGCAGACUGUGGUACGGAAUCGUGCCGUUCAAAAAUUUCUGGGUGGGUACAAAUUCACCCAGAUUCGAAUGCUAGGUGGAAAGUUGGGAGAUCAGGUCACAUCGUUCUUCGGAACUGAGCAAGUGAGUGAUCUUCUCAAUGUGUCCCUUGAACAGCUUCGCGCCAAAUUAGACGAUGACACUGCGGCUUGGCUGUAUAAUACCAUCCGAGGAGAGGAUCGCAGCGAGGUCAAUCCUCGAACGCAGAUCAAAUCCAUGUUGUCGGCAAAAUCGUUUCGUCCUAGUAUCAACUCGAUUGAACAGGCAGAAAAAUGGCUGCACAUCUUUGCGGCUGAUAUUUACGGUCGCCUCGUCGAGGACGGUGUGCUUGAAAAUAGACGUCGUCCUCGGAUAAUCACUAUCCAUCAUAGAGUCGUGCAAAGUCGCUCCCGUCAGAUCCCGAUCCCUGGCUCCAAUACCAUUGAUGAAAAGUUGCUUUUUGAACUGGCCAAGACAUUACUCCGACAAGUGGUGUCAGAUGGGCAGGCGUGGCCGUGUGCAAACCUAUCGUUGAGUGUGAGUAGCUUUGAGGACGGCGUGGGUCAAAACAACGCCAUUACAGGCUUCCUGGUUCGCGGCGAUCAGACAAAAUCUCUGAUUAAUGCGACCAGACCUCGUGAUGCCGACCCUACUACCUCCAGCGAGCAAUCCCCGGUUGGUAAAAAGAGAAAGAUUGAUAAUAAUAUCAAACGCUUUUUCAAUCAACCUCAAGCCGACGCUCCUGUCACAUUAGAGAAAGGUCACCAACCUACACAAGUCCAAGGCCUACCAGUAAUUAACACCGGAGAGGACGUUGCGGCUCAAUUUGAUGAUACCUCGCAAAUUCCGCAAUUUACCUGCGAGCGAUGCGACAAAUCUAUUCCCGAAUACGACAAAGAGGAACAUGAAGACUGGCAUUUUGCUAAAGACCUAGCAACUCAGGACAGACAAGAAGCACGGGACGCUCAACAGCAAAGCCAUACACCAACCAGCUCCCUCAGAGCAAAUAAUCGUGGCCGAGGAGGUCGGAGUGGCAGAGGAAAGUCCGAAAAGGGCCAGAUGCGAUUGGCUUUCCAAUGA